CAUCACAGUAGUACUUGAAGCCAUUCCACACUAUUGCAAUAUAGACGAUUACUAUGGAUAAUGGUUGCAAAAAUAAGGUGGCUAUUUCCAUGCGGGAAUAAUAGUCGCGCGCUCUGUGUUUAACCUCCGUAUGAACGUUUGGUUGAUAUUCCGAAUUUUGGUUCGAUAAUUUAGUCCUACAUAAUACCUUUCGUGUAGGAAAAAUGUGCCUAGCAAGUAGGCGGUACAUACGACCACGAAAUUUAAUCAUUUACUUUUAACUGAUCGCACGGAUUGGAGUGUCUAUAGAAGUGGUGAACAAUGCAGUGCAUUCCUUCAACAACAAAAUGUGCAGCGAUGUUUAAACGAGGUUUUGGCGCUUUUUGCACGGAAACUUGUUACCCACUCUCUAUUUUGUGGCAACUACGCUGCUGUAGACAUCGCGUAUCUAUAUCAUCAUUCAAGCAGUGGAAGGACCUAUUGGUUUUCAAAAGGUAUGAUGGUCACCAUGUUUGGAACUUACCACAAUUCAAGCCUCAUGAGUAUGGAUUUCGGCGUAUAGCUCGCAAGCCUCCUUUUUUUAAAUUGCGCAAAGUUGCAUAUCCGAAAGUGCAAACUAGGUAUUCAUCAACAAAUCCGUUCAAUCGCACGUUGCAAAUUGAAUACAAUUGGCAGCAGAAUCCCACAUUCUACCACGACUUACAUGAAGCUUUGAAUGAUGCUUUACCUGGCAUUAGAAUCAAAGCUUUACCUAAGGGUGGUGAUUCAGCGUUAAAGGUAAUGACAGAGGACGGUCGGGUCCUUUACGAUGCCACAGAUGAUGGUAAUAAGGACGUGCGAAGUGUUGUAAUGCAAUGUUACAACCAAAUCGUGGAACACUGACACCUUCAAUAUAUGUAG